CCACACAUGUUAACACCCUUCCUGCCCAGUGCCAUUAGUACAGUGUCACUGCUUUUUAUUGGCACUGAUCACUGUACUGGUGUCACUGGGGAUGUCAGUGACACCAAGUCAGUUCCCCCCAAUGUCAGAAUUCCCGCCGCAGUCCUGCAGUCCCCGCUAUAAAUCGCUGAUCGCCGCCAUUACUAGUAAAAAAAAAAAACCCAGUAUAUAUACACUGCCAUUUGCAAACGCUAUAAAUUUCACGAAAAUCAAUUCAUUUACACGUAUUGGAAUUUUUGUUUUGCAAAGACAUGUAGCAGAAUAC